ACGCAACGGCCUACGCACACUACGUCUUCAACACAUUCGACACAGAACACCAAGGAUCCAUCAGCUUUGAGGAAUUCGUCACCAUACUCUCGGACCUGUCGCGAGGGUCUAUGACGGAGAAGCUACGUUGGGCCUUCAACCUCUACGACAUCAACGGCGACGGCUACAUCACUAAGGAGGAGAUGUUCGAUAUCGUAGCCGCCAUCUACUCUUUGGUGGGUCGCCACUCCUCCCCGGCCGUCGAGGAGAACACCACGCAAGAGCACGUUGAUCGCAUCUUUGAGGGACAUAAAGUAAUUAAUCAGAAUGAUGGUGAGGUUGAGGAGGAUGGUGACGAAGAUGAUGAGGAUAGUGAGGAGGACAAUGAUGAAGAUGAUAGGGGACGAAGGUGA